UAAAAAUAUUUGGUUUUCUGCCAAGAUUCCCACCCAGCCAGUUGCUUUGCCUGCUGCAACAAUUCCUGAGAGACCCUUUGGCUUUCCUUGGCUCAACAAACAAUCAAUCACUCUUUCACUUCAUUUCUGAAAACCCAAAUAAAUCAAUCAAAAGGCUCCAAAAGCAACCCAAGUGGGGCAGCUUCAGAUUUUCUAUCGUUUUAUGAUGCGAAUGUGUGUUUUGUGUGUGGUGAGUUUGUGUCAGGCACUGACAGCUCCUUGCAACUCAAUCAUACAAUAAGCCUGGGCAUUCAAUUAUCCCCAAUCUCUCUGCAAAGAAAAGAAAUUUCCAACGCCAUCCCAUUCCCAUUCUCAUGUUCACUGCACAAGGCACUUCUCAUCUGUACUUCUUCAUCAUCACCCGGUCUUCUUAAAAAAAGGUUGCUUUUUUAAGUGUCUUUUUAUUUGUGAUCUGGAUUUUUCUCCAUCAACUCGUCUAAUCAUUUUGUUUUUAUCCUCCUUACCCAAAAAGCAAAAAUUAUAAAAGCCAAACAAUGUUUCCAAAACUUGCUUCUUUUCCCAUUUUUGGUUUUAUUGAAAGUUGAAGAAAUUGCAAAUGUCACUGUUUCGGUUACAGUCAUUUUACUCAAUUUUGCUGGGUUGGUGAUUGUUCUCUGUCUUGCACAAUCAUUAAUCCCAUUUGUUGAAAUCCCCUUAUUUAUUUCUUUGUUGAUGAUUUGAUCUGAUUGAUAUUUUAGUUAUAUAUUUGAUGUCUCUGGGUUGGCUUCUAAUUUCUUGAUUUUCUUUUCCUGAAAAAAAUGUUUACCAUUAUUACUGCCAAAAGCUCACACCUACCAAACCUGAAUCUUGUGCAUUGCACGUUUCUCUACUUGUGUUUUGUGGGAUUAAGCCCUUCUUUGGUAACAAAUUUCAUUUACUUGUAAAGCUUACUCGCAUUUUCCUAUCUCUGUAACCCGUCGAAGUCCACAGAUCAAAUUCUUUGCUUCAAUCUUGGCACCAAGAAAAAAAGCCUUUUUUUUCCAUCUGGGUAUUGAGAAAAAUCCUCCCUUUUCAAUCCCCUGCCGUAACUUUGUCUUCGCAUAUAUAAAAUCUUUGAGUUUCCAAUCUGGGUUUUGAGAAAAAAAACGCUUUCUUAAUAGCCCCUUGUGCAGGAUUCUUGUGUUUAUGUGUGAAAGCUUGAAGCUUUUCAUCGGGGUUUGGAACUUUUUUUGUCUGAUGCCUAUUGGGGUGUCCAAAAAUGGCAAAUCUUGUCCCUGGCGUGCUUCUCAAACUUCUACAGCAUAUGAACACAGAUGUGAAAGUUGCUGGUGAGCACAGGUCCUCUCUAUUGCAAGUUGUGAGCAUUGUUCCAGCGCUUGCCGGCGGUGAGCUUUUCCCAAACCAAGGUUUCUACCUUAAGGUAUCAGAUUCCUCUCAUGCCACCUAUGUAUCUCUCCCUGAUGAACACGAUGAUUUAAUUCUCAGUGAUAAGAUCCAACUGGGUCAGUUUAUUCAUGUGGACCGGCUCCAAGCCGCUACCCCUGUCCCCAUUCUCCGUGGCGUUAGACCAGUACCAGGGAGACACCCUUGUGUGGGGAGCCCUGAAGACAUUGUUGCUACUGAUUCUCUUGGAUUUCUUAACAAUAAUUCGCGUUCAGGUUUGAAAACUGUAGAGAAAGUGAAACCUGAGUCUAAAGUAUUAGGAAAUGGUCAUGCUGGAGAAAGGGACAAACAUGGAAUAGUGAGAUCAAAUGGUAGUGGUAAGGAGGAGCAAUUGGAUAAGAAAAUAGGGUCUUUUAGCAGAUCAAAGUCUCAGCCAUCAAAACCAGCAUUAAAUGUUGAAGUGAAGAAGGAAUUGCCGAGAAUAAAGUCGUUGAAUUCAUGGUCUAUCCCAUCAUCUCCCACAAGUUGUUAUUCGUUGCCGACUUCUUUUGAGAAAUUUGCCAAUGGGGUCAAGCAACAUGCAAAAGUCAAGGGAACACCUAAGGUCGUGGGAGUGGUGGAAAAGACAAGUUCAGCUCGUGGGGCUAGUCCUGGGAAGAGAUCAGUGUUGGGAAACCCGAUGAAGAAUUUUGUUCAGGGGUUUGAACUGGGAGCCAAGGCCCUGAGGAAGAGCUGGGAAGGAAAUAUGGAGGUGAAGAAUAGAGAGAGUUCAAAAUUGAGGGCUACCACACAUGAUCCGAAGCAAGAAGUUCGGAUGUCUGCUCCUAGAAAAAGUACAUCAAGUGAGAGGUUGCCAUCUAAAGAGGAGAAUAAGAUCCAGAUGUCUGCAAAGUCAUUGAAAGAAGAGAGUAAGGCUCAAAUGUCUACAAAGAAAGUUACUGCAAAUGGAACUUUGGGUGAUCAAGAUAGGUCAAAUAAACAAAGAGUUGUUGGAAAGAAAUCAACAGAUGCUAAUAAUGGAUUUCCUGGAAACUUGGUCAAGGUUUCUUUAAAUAAUAGAAAAUUGACAGAUGGAAGUUUUCCAUGGGCUUCACUCCCAUCAUCAGUUGCAAAGCUUGGAAAGGAAGUUUUGAGACACAGGGAUGCAGCACAAAUAGCAGCAAUAGAGGCGAUGCAGGAGGCCUCUGCUGCAGAGAGCUUGCUACGAUGUUUGAGCAUAUAUUCUGAGCUAACUACCUCUGCCAAGGAAGAUAACCCACAGCCUGCGGUGGAGCAGUUUUUAGCCCUCCAUGCUAGCUUGAAUAAUGCUCGUGUAGUUGCUGAUUCUCUAUACAAAAUUAUACCAGCUGGUUCAUCCCCAGACCGUGAAGAAAGCCCAUCAGAAGAUGCACAAAAGAUAACAUCAGACAGACGGAAACAGGCAGCAUCUUGGGUACAAGCUGCAUUAGCCACCAAUCUGUCAUCUUUUGCUGUAUUUAGUAAAGAGUCCAGUUCAACCUCUGUUCCAGCUUCAGCUUCCUCUCAAAAUCGAAAGAUUGUCUCUGCAAAUCAACCCAUGUUAGUUCUAGAAAAUUCUACGAAGAAUACUUCAACAAAAUCCCAAGGCAAAGUUCGCCACACAGUUGGUUCCAAGCUUCCAACACCAGGAACUCCUCGCCGACUAGGGGAUGGAUCAGCAAUCAGCCAAAAGCCACAGGCACAACCUCUACCCGAAUGGAAUAGAGGAAACGGCCUUGAUGAGGCUGUUGACUUGGCUGAAAUGUUGCGACUGCAAUCACAAGAUUGGUUUUUGGGGUUUGUGGAGAGGUUCCUGGAUGCUGAUGUGGACACUUCAGCUCUGUCAGAUAAUGGUCAAAUAGCAGGAAUGCUAACACAGCUCAAGAGUGUGAAUGAUUGGUUGGAUGAUAUUAGUUCUAGUAAAGAUGAAGCAGAAACAAACGCUGUUUCAGCUGAAACCAUCGAGAGGCUAAGGAAGAAGAUCUACGAGUAUCUUCUUACACAUGUUGAAUCUGCUGCCGCUGCACUUGGUGGCGGAUCACAGUCAUCACCGCGAAUUCGAACAACAGAUACAAAAGUAAGAAAGUGAAUCGAUUAAACCCUAGUUUGGUCGUGUGUGUUUUGGUGUCUGCGGUUGCAUAAAUGCAGCAGCAAGCCCUGGAAGCUGUGCCCUUAACCACCAAGUGAUCCUAGGAGCUCAGGCUGUUAAUCUAUGUACAUAACUUCACAUGGGUGUGAGGAGGUAUAGAUGGAAGGGUUGUUACUUACAAGAGAGAAUUUGAUUUGAAGUG